AUGUACCGCGACUUUGUGGACGCCUUUGCUGACACCUUUGACUACCUGUUCGGCACUGUCAUCACGGAGGUCACCGUGGGCAUGGGCCCCGCGGGCGAGCUGCGCUACCCGUCCUACCCCGAGGGUGACGGGCGGUGGCGCUUCCCCGGGGUGGGGGAGUACCAGUGCUACGACAAGUACAUGCUGGGCGACCUGCGGCGCGCGGCGCACGUGGCCGGCCACCCCGAGUGGGGCCACGGCGGCCCCCACGAUGCCGGCCACUACAACAGCAAGAGCUGGGAGACCGGAUUCUUCGGCGGCAACUGGCAGACCGAGUAUGGGGACUUCUAUCUGUCGUGGUACAGCGGGCACCUGGUGGCGCACGCGGACAGGAUUCUGGGGGCGGCCGCGGCGGCGCUCUCGAAACCGGGGCGGCCGCGCAUGCUGCGCAGCGCAGUGGAGCUUGAUGACGGCCACGUGGUGUAUGAGUUUGAGCCGGCGGUGAAGCUGGGGGCCAAGCUGGCCGGGGUGCACUGGUGGUUCAAGAGCCGCGCACACGCCGCGGAGCUGACGGCCGGCUACUACAACACGCGCGACUGCGACGGCUACGCGCCCAUCAUGGCCACCCUGUCCAAGUACAACGCGCGGCUGUCCUUCACCUGCGUGGAGAUGCGCGACUGCGAGCACCCGCCAGAGGGGCGCUGCAGCCCGCAGGGGCUUCUGCAGCAGGUCCUGGAGUGUGCGGAGGCUCACGGCGUCCCCCUGGCGGGCGAGAACGCGCUGCAGCGCUACGACGAGCACGCCUUUGACCGCAUCGCGGAGUCGGCCUUUGGCAAGACGGCGCGCAGCGGGCGGCUGGAGCAGCUGACGUUCCUGCGGAUGGGCGACCUCAUGUUUGACAACUGGGAGGCAUUCUGCGCCUUCCUGCGGCGCAUGAGGGGGCAGCAGGGCUGA